AAUAAUCAGUUCAGUUGUUAGUGCACGACACAUCGUCACGGCAGUAUCCCGGGCUCCGCGUUCGAGUAAACAAUAUGAAGUUGUCACUGCUCGUGUUUACAUUAUUUGUAUUAUUGCAAUGCAGCGAUUCACGCUAUGUCUCCUGGUUGCCAAACAGACUAGUAGAUGCAGUCACAAAUAAAACAUCACAAAUCACAAAUUACGUGAGAGAUAAAGGAAGGAGCAUCAAAAAUUUCUACGUAGAAAAUGUACGGAACAAGAUAACAACUUAUUUUGGGACAGAUAACGACAUCGAUCCGCCAGGAAUGGAAGAUAAACAAACAAGAAUUAAAAGAAAAUUUAAAAACUACAUAGCUGAAGCUGAAUUAAAGGAAAAUAAAAUUUUUGAUUCAAUUGCCCCUCAAAAAGUUGAGUAUAGUUGUUCCAAUGAUGAUCCGGCUAUACAUAUGACUACGCCACAAAUAUUAGCUCUUCAUGGUUAUCCUGCAGAGUCACAUACGGUUAUGACUGAUGAUGGAUAUAUCCUCACAAUUCAUAGGAUACCUUUCUCCAAAAAUUCGUCAAAUAAAAUGAGCCCACGAAAGACUGUUCUACUUCAUCAUGGGUUACUUGGCAGCUCUGCUGAUUGGAUAAUUGCUGGACCAGAUAAAGGACUCGCAUACAUUUUAUCUGAAGCUGGUUAUGAUGUCUGGAUGGCUAAUGUCAGAGGCAAUACUUACUCCAGAGCACACAUAUCUAGAAAUGUUGAUACUUUUGAGUUUUGGAAUUUCACAUUCCAUGAUGUGAGUCAACACGACUUACCAGCGGUUAUCGAUUACAUAAUGGAGCUAAAAGGGUGGGACGUAAAAAUAAAUUACAUAGGCCAUUCAAUGGGGACUACUGUCCUGUUCGCUCUCUUAUCUACAAAGACUCAAUACAAUAAAAUUUUAAGGGCUGGCUUUGCUUUAGCGCCUGUUGCCUAUAUGUCGGACAUAAAAAGUCCGAUAAGACUACUAGCAAAGUUUAGUGAUAAUAUUGAAUACCUAAUGAAACUACUCGGAGCUAAUGAGUUUUUACCGCAAAACUCUGUGCUUAGAUGGUUAUCAAAACAUGCAUGUGAAAUAAAUCAUUAUGAAGAAGCGAUAUGUGAGAACUCCUUGUUUGUACUUUGCGGUCAUGAUGAGAGGCAAUUCAAUAAGUCUUUGUUGCCUAUACUACUAGGUCAUGUUCCGGCUGGAGCAUCGACUAGGACGCUGGUUCACUACGCUCAAGAGAUUCGCAAAAACGGUCGUUUUCAGCAAUUUGAUUUUGGUCUUGAUGGAAACAUGAAGCAGUACGGUACUCCUCUGCCGCCUGAAUACCCAGUGCAUAAAAUAACUCUGCCUAUAGCUUUAUUUAGUGCCCAAAAUGACUGGUUAUCCAGCGACGUAGAUGUAACAAAUCUAUACGUGCAAAUAGCUAAUCCAAUUGAACAUUAUAUAGUGCCAUUGAAAGAAUUUAAUCACAUCGAUUUUCUGUGGGCCGUAGACGCUCCAAAACUAGUUUACGAUAAAUUAUUGGAGUUGUUAGAAGAAGGUGUCAGUAGGACUAAUUACAAUCAGGAUAUUGAUACCAACGAGUUAAGAAUGGUAACUGAAAUCUCUUAGCCAAUUAAAAUUAUUACAUGUCGUGUAAUUAUUUUAAUUGACAAAAAAUAAAAUAUGUAACUAGCGUCUUAAAUAUUUUUAGCGAGUUUAGUUUUAUUAUCAAUUCGAGUCAUAACAAUGUUAUGUUACGUUUACGAUUGUGUUUACGCUUAUUAUAAUAUACAUUUGUUCCUAGCAUAUACCAAUGAUAUUCUAUUGUUUAGUUUGUAAACAUUUAUGAAAGUAAACUUUUCUAAUUGA